AUGUCAAGAGAUUCUUCUUUACCCCCUUUGAAGGUACGCGUUAUUGAUGAACCGCCGCUGUUGGAAGUGCCAGAGUUCUUUGAUGAUCCGAACUCUUAUUCCCCUGAUGUUCCUAUUGCAGUAGAUUUUGGUUCAAACCAACUUCGAGCAGGUCUCAUCAACCGUGCAACGCCAAGCCAUGUGUUUACUAAUAGGAUUACAAGGUUCAGAGAUCGGAAAUUGAUGAAGACAAUGACUUUCAUUGGAAACGAUGUAAAUUUGGACCAAGCAGUUCGCGCACAAUCUAAAAGUCCCUUCGAUGGACCCAUGGUAACGAAUUGGGACUACGUUGAAGAUAUUUUGGAAUAUACUUUCAACCAUUUGGGCUCAACGCCAAAUAAUGGAAUCUCUAAUCCUAUUCUGGUAACAGAACGAUUGGCAACAUUACAGACACAACGUUCUAGUUGGUACCAGGUGCUCUUCGAGUGCUUCAAUGUUCCCGGAGUCACGUUUGGCAUCGAUAGUUUAUUUGCCUAUUAUCAAAACACUACAGCAAACAGUACAGGACUUGUAAUAGGUUGCGGGAAUGAAGAUACAAACAUCAUUCCUGUCGUCGAUGGUCAAGGUAUGUUGACUGAAGCAAAGCGUAUUAAUUGGGGUGGCAGUCAAGCUGCAGAUUACCUGACAAAUCUAAUGACAUUAAAAUAUCCUUAUUUCCCAACAAAGUUAUCAAACUUCCACUAUAGAACGAUGUAUGAGGAUUAUUGUUAUGUGUCUCAAGAUUAUGACGAAGAAUUGAAAAGCUUCCUUAAGCUGGAUACAUUGGAGUCGAAGAACGUUGUGGUUGAGGCUCCUUUUGUCGAGAUCCUGCAGCCACAAAAGACUGAAGAAGAACUUCGGAUACAGGCAGAAAAGAGAAAGGAAAGUGGUAAGAGAUUGCAAGAACAGGCCAAGCAAAAGAGGAUAGAAAGGCUGAUUCAAAAGGAAGAAGAGUUAGAGUACUAUAAUCAAGUUAAGGAACAACUGAAGGAUCAACCAAAAAAGAAGGUUUUACACAUCUUGCAAAAUUCUGGCUUUGAUGAUGAGCGUGAUUUCAAGAAAUACCUUUACAAUUUAGAAAGAUCCCUCAAAAAGUCACAAGCUGCAAAUGAAGAGAGUGGAGAUGUAGAAGAAGAAGAUGUGAAUGAGCAUAAGUUUGAUCUUGUGGAGGUCCCUGAUGAAAGCUUGACGGAAGAUCAAAUAAAAGAGAAAAGAAAACAGAGAUUUUUAAAGGCCAGUCUCGAUGCUAGAAAGAAAGCUAAAGAGGAGAAAGAAAGGGCGGCUCAAGAGGAGGAAGAAAGAAAGGUCAAAGAACAACAAUGGCGUGAAAUUGAUCUUGAAGGUUGGAUUAAGGACAAGCGUAGAAAAUUGAGUAAUCUGAUAGCCAAGAGGAAGGACAAACUUAAAAUGCGUGAUGAGAUGAAGGACAGAAAAUCUCAAAUGUCACAAAAUAGAAUGAAAAAUCUAGCGACUUUAGCAGAGGACUCCGGACGUGGAGGCACAAAGAGAACUCGGCAACAAGCCACAAUAGACAAUGAUCCUAACGAUACUUUUGGAGCCAACGAUGAUGAUUGGACUGUCUACAACGAUGUUACACAGUAUCCAGAAGCACUUGAAGAGUUGAUAGAAGAAGGAUAUAAAGAAAUCGUGGAGCUGGAAGGACAACUUUUGGAGCAUGACCCUAAUUUCACAGAGGAAGAUACCAUGGAUGCCCAAUAUGACUGGAGAAACUCUACUUUGCAUCUUUUCCUCAGAGGUCCUAGACCCCACGACAGUGAGAAUUCUCAUGAACAACAUCAGAUGCAUUUGAACGUUGAACGUAUACGAGUUCCUGAAGUGUUUUUCCAGCCAACGAUGUGUGGUGAGGAUCAGGCAGGGGUCUCUGAGCUAUGCGAACGAGUUUUGUUAAGUAAGUUUGGUGCGUCACCUCGCCAGAUGAGUUCUAUCACUUCAGAGAUGGCGAAGAAUGUGUGGGUCACUGGUGGCAAUGCAAAGAUUCCAGGUCUACGAGAGAGGAUAGUAAAAGAGUUCACGGGAUUUUUGCCAGUCAAUACUUCGUUCAAUGUCAAUAUAUCCAGUGAUCCUUCGCUGGAUGCCUGGCGAGGUAUGGCGAAAUACGCCCAGAAUGAGACUGAUUACAAGAAGAGCUUCAUAAGCAAGAAAGAAUACGAAGAGUAUGGUCCCGACUACAUAAAGGAGCAUAAACUAGGAAACAUGAACUAUUUUGAGUGA